UUGGGGGACCAGUGAUGAUCAGCCAAUAAGCCCGAAAUGGGCAAAAUUGCAAAUGUUGCAUUACAAAACCGUUAUUUCGGCGUAUUCUUGCAUUCUUUAAAGCCAAUGAACACGCCACUAAAUACUUCAGGCCUUUCUUCAAAGUAAUCGGUCAAAUUGUUGAUGUUGCGUUGAUAAUGAAGGACACGGAUGGUACAUGUACAAUGUCGAUGCCAGAAUCUCAAGAAGAGAGCAGCCCAUCGGAAAUUAUGCAGAUGGAGCUGCACAGCAAAGGUGCUGUUCUGACCAAAGCCUGGUCAGACUUGUUUAGCUUCAUAACAAAGUAUCAGGCAGAGCUGACGGUGAAGGAAAAUGCUGUUGAAAUAGCUGAACGGGAGAUUGAUGUGCGUAAAAGACAAUUAGAGGAAAUGAAACCAAUGGUGGAAGCAGGGAAUGAGGAGGUAGAAAAAUUACAAGAAGAGAUUCGAACCAAGGAAAGACUGCUGAGCAAAUCACAAUCAGAACUUUCUGUGAAAGAGCAGUUGUUAAGAAGGGUGCAGUCAGACUUGAACUGCAACAUGGAACUUUUAGAAAAAGCCAGAUGUGAUCUUUUAGAUAGACAAUCAGAACUUGUGCGCAACAGGGGUGACUUAGAACGCUUAAAAUCUGAACUGACUAUAAAACAGGAACAAAUUCAAAUAAAAGACAAUUUAUUGAGAAAGUUACAAAAUCAGUUGAUGAAAGAAAAUGCUGAACUGAAGGAGCAGUUGGAGCUGAAGGAAAGAACCCUUGAAAUAGAACGAAGGUCCCAUGAACUCACCAAGAGAACACUCCGUGAAAAAUUAAAACCAUCUGCCAGUGCUGUGCAAACUGUGAUAGAGAUUCCAGAUUCCCCUCCAACUUUAGAUCUUUCUGACGAGCAAACAGAUUUUGGCCUUUCCAGGAUAAUUUCUGUAGCUGAGAGUCGAGGCAAACGUCCGUCUGGAAUGGAUUUAGACUUGCCAGCCAAACGAUUUCAUUCCACCACCCAGGAUAGUGCUAUGCCUUGCUUAUCAGCUGUAAGUUCUGACACUUUCCCAGACCUUUCAAGAAGUUCUCAACCAAUGCCAACUGCUACAAAACCACAGCAACAAUGGUCUAUGCCAUCUCCCUCUGCCAUUUCACCUCGCCAGGUUCCACAGCCACGAACACCUACUCAGUUGCCUCCUAGUCCUACCUUCCAAGAAUCGUACGCACAGAGUGACAAUUUCAAUGUUACUGCCACAUCUGCCAGUGCCAGUGAUACCUUCUUUCCAUUAAGUGUCUCACAAGGUGAGGAGGACUCAAAAGCAUGCAUUGACACAUCUGCUGGUGCUAUGUACCACUCGGAUGCUGAAAUGCAGGGAUCAGGACUAUAUAUGCCUGAAACAGCUGGAAGUUCUGGGACAAGUGACAGUAAUCAGGGGCCCCCUGUGCCCAUAUCAGGGCCUAUUCCAAGUACGGGAAUGUCACCUGGUGGCAGCAUGUCACCUGGGGGAUCAACACAAGAAGGAGCUGAAGGAAAGUUUGGUGUCGAGAGAAACCACGAGAAGGGUUCCAAGCACUGCCAACUCUGCCAAAUCUGCAGAAGAGCCUACAAUGAUCUCGAGGCCCAUAUGCUUACUCAUGCAAGAGAGAAACCACAUGCAUGUGACUUUUGUGGUAAACGUUUCGACAGGAAGAAUAACUUGAAACAACAUAGGAUGAUCCAUACAGGAGAGAAACCAUAUAUUUGUUCUUUUUGUGGGAAAGGUUUUAAUCAGAGCAGUAAUUUGAGGGUGCAUAUGGUGGUCCAUCUAAAAACAUGUCUAGACGGUGCUCUGCAGAUGAAGAACGGAAACAUGCCAGAAUCUCAAGAAGAGAGCGCAAACCCAUUUCCUAACAUGCAGGCAGAACUGCACCGGAAAGGAUCAAUCCUUACAAAAGCUUGGGCUGAUCUAUUCAGCUACCUAACCAGAUAUCAGGCCGAUCUGAUGGUGAAGGAAAACGCUGUAGAGAUUGCACAGAAAGAAGUCGAUACGCGUAAGCAACAGAUCGAAGAGAUGAAGUCUUUAUCGCUAGAUUCUGAAGAGUUUUUAAAGUUGCAGGACGAUAUGCAUGGGAAGGAGCGGUUGUUGUUAAAAGUACAGUCUGAACAUUCUGUGACUGAGACACAGUUGAAGCAAGUCCAGUCUGACUUGACAAACCAUAUGGAACUGUUGGAAAACUCGCGAGCAGAUUUAUUAGACAAGCAUGCGGAAUUGAUUCGAUAUCGUGGAGAUAUCGAACGGUUAAAGUCUGAAUUGACUAUCAGGGAAGAGCAGUUACAAAUUAAGGACAAUUUGUUGAAAAAGUUACAGUCACAGUUGAUGCGGGAGAACAUGGAAUUAAAGGAACAGUCUGAGAUGGAUCGACACGCCCUGCUGCUUGAAAGGAGCGCACAUGAAAUAACAAGAAGAGCACUUAAGGACAAACCGAAAUCAGGGUCGCCCGUGACGUCUUCAGCGACAGACUUUCCAAACUCUCCACCAAGUCUCGCCCUCUCUGUUGAACAAAAGGACACCGGUCUGUCAUCCAUUAUAUCUGCAGUCGAGAAACAGGCACAAAGACAGCACCAGUUGAUUGAACAGGACUGUCACAUCAUGUCAAGUUCUCAAAUGGAUCUUCCAAUAAGUUUAAAUCAAGGUGCUAGUGAUGGUAUUAACUAUUCAAGAUCAGAGACCUCUAUAUUACACAAUCCUAAUCAAAAAUUAUGGGGCAAUCGAUCCAGAAGAGCAAAGAGAUUUCGACCAAAUCACCCGAAUGAAUCGAACGCUUCUCUCAGUCAGCCUAUAUUUCCAAAACAGGAACCAGUUGAACCAAGUCAUUCCUCCUCGCCUGAUCAUGCUGACCAAAGUGAGGUUUUCUUUCCGUUGUCUGUGUCCGAGGAUGCGAAUGAGUCUAUGGACACUCCAGGUGUGGUUGGGACUGAUACCGAAAUGAAGUCAGUUAGUUGUAGACCUGCAUCUGGCAUGUCGGGGUCGCCAGAGACUAGUGAAAGUAGUCAAAUUGGUCAAGGGUUUGGUGCAAGUUCUGGGACAAGUGAGGGUCAGGGGCUGAUGUCAGUACCUGGGGCAAUGCCACAGGACAGUGGAGGUGAUUCAAAGCGGUUCUUCCUGAAACAUGUUAUAAUGUCCAGAACACCCACUGGCCAGCAGAUAUGGAAGUGCAAGCUAUGCCAUCAAAUGUGUGCCCGAAAAUACAACAUGACCGUUCAUAUGAGGCUCCAUACAGGGGAAAAGCCAUACUCUUGUAGAAUAUGUAAUAUGACAUUUGCUCAAGCGGGGACUCUGAAAUACCAUCGAUUUAAAGUUCACAGCAGCUCAUUGAACAAUUGUGACCGGUGA